AUGGGAGCUGGGAGGCCGGCAGUGCCGCGAAAGGGACGACAGCAAGGGGGCCGCGCAGUGGCGGCGCGAGAGAGGGCAGGUGGCGUGGGCGCAAGCAGCUCCCAUCGUGUGAAUCUGGGCGUUCGUUCACAUGCACGAAUUGAGAAAAAGACGGCAUUGAGCAUGGUCUUUAGGUUUCCGGCCUGGAAUGUUGGGAGGCGGAGAGAGGCUUCUUACCGAAACAGGGACCCUGGGCAAUUUUACGGGGAUUAUUUAAAAAGUUUCUCAAACAGACCAAAGUCAUUAAAAAUACUCCUUAAUCCCCAAAGUCAUAAAAAAGAAGCUAUACAGAUCUAUUGUGAGAAGGUUGAACCUCUGUUGAAGCUUGCAGGAAUAAAGACUGAUGUAACAAUAACAGAAUAUGAAGGGCAUGCUCUGUCACUACUUGAGGAAUGCGAACUCCAGGGAUUUGAUGGUGUUGUCUGUGUUGGCGGAGAUGGAUCUGCUAGUGAAAUAGCCCAUGCUUUGCUCCUUAGAGCCCAGAAGAACGCCGGGAUGGAAACAGACCAAAUCCUGACUCCUGUCAGAGCACAGCUGCCACUCGGAUUAAUACCAGCAGGAAAAGAACGACAUGUGUGGGGUGUAUUUAAUUUGAGGACUUUAUGCCCAGUCAGGGCUUUUGCUAGCGAAUGGGAACAAGAACUAGACCCACUGCAUUCACUGAUUGAUAUUCAAUGUAAUGUUCAAGGGCAUGUACAACCAGUUGAUGUCUGCUCCUUCAGCACCCCUGGCAAGCUUCUUCGCUUUGGGUUUUCAGCCAUGUUUGGCUUUGGUGGAAGAACUUUGGCUCUGGCGGAAAAAAAUCGCUGGAUGUCUCCUAACCAACGCAGAGAUUAUGCUGUAAUUAAAACACUGGCAAAACUUAAGACAGAGGACUGUGAAAUAUCUUUUUUACCACUUAACAGCUCUCAGAAUGUACAAGAAGGGAGGGCACAGGGAUCUCUCAGAUCUGACUGCUUUGGUCAAUGGCAAAUGAUCCAAGGUCAGUUCUUGAAUGUCAGCAUUAUGGCAAUUCCUUGCCUGUGUUCGGUAGCACCGAGAGGCUUGGCACCUAAUACCAGAUUAAAUAAUGGAAGUAUGGCUCUUAUAAUUGCACGAAAUACUUCUCGGCCAGAAUUUAUAAAACACCUGAAAAGAUAUGCCAGUGUAAAAAAUCAGUUCAAUUUUCCAUUUGUUGAGACUUAUAUUGUUGAAGAAGUGAAAGUUCAUGCAAGGAAUAAUACCAGUGGAUACAAUCCAGAGGAGGUGGAUGAACCUCCUAAAACUACUUCAGGAUACAGCUGCCCUUGGAAUGUAGAUGGAGAUUUAAUGGAAGUUGCAUCAGAGGUCCAUGUUAGGUUGCAUCCAAAACUUAUCAGUCUUUAUGGAGAAAGCAUGGAAGAAAUUAAUGAUUCCAAAGUAACAUGUAAUUGUUUGUAAAAGAAAUAUAUAAAUAAGAAUUUUGAUAUGAAAGAAUAUGGUCAUGCUUUAAACAGAUAUCCUAAUAGAAAUAAUUCUCAACUUAUUUUUUCUUUUUAAAAUUAAAAUUGCUAUUUUUGAUGUUACUAAAAAUUAGCUUCUAGGGCUUUAAAAAUCAAGAUGAAAAAUAUGAAAUAUACCAAAAACAAUUCAAAUUCCAAAGGUAUUUAUUGGAAAUGAAAAUAAUCAUUUCAUGUACUUAAAAUUUAUUUACCCGUCAUCGUGAUAUAUCAAUAUUUAAUCUAGGUAAUUCCAAAGUGAAAUAAUUUGGGCUCUCUCAUUUUUCAGGAUUUGAGUCCAUGAAUUCUGAUGUUAAAUUUCCUGCAGCUUGGCACAAACAGGUCACAUUGAUUUUACUAAUGAGGUAACUAAUCCAGAGAGGUUAAAUUUUGAAAUCAAAUAGCAAUCUAGUGAUAUAACCAGAAAUACAACCACUUUUUCAAAAUCUCUCCAGUACCUGUAUAAACUUGCCGAAAAAGAAUAACCCAUCUUAAAAAGAUUAUGGUACUAAUUUUGUAAAGUGGUGGAGUUUUAAAAUUUAUCAUACAGGUAAUGAAAUUUAUUUCAAACUAUGCAAAAUAUCUUUCUAACUAGAGAAAAGUUAGCUGAUUGGUAGCUGUGUUCCUCUUGUACCUGAGAGGCAUGUGUUGGACAAACAUAGCAUUUUAAUACCUGAAAUAUAGUCAUUUCUGAAUAGGAAAGAACCAAAUUUAAAUUUCCUCAGAGACCAUCCUUGAGAAGGCAGUUCUAAAUUGGAGCUUGAUUUUUUUCAUCAAUGAUCCUAGACAUUCUCCUGAAGGAACUACUUGGUUUUUCUGAAUGAUAAAAGCUUAAAAAUAAAUUUAUUACUAUGGUACUCUGAAUUCAGGAGGCUAUGUGCUCGGGUUUCACUGCUGAAAUGCCUUCCCAAAUCUCCAUACAUUCCUCACUCUCCAGCCACCAAUUGCAGACUGUGGGCUUGUGAAUAGAUAACCUUCACGAAUCUGAGGAAGUGGAUGGCAGGGACUUCACAUAAAGAAAUAUUUUCAGUGACAUUAAAGACUGCCCUCUAAUUUUUCUAUUUGAUCACUUCCGAUUACUUUGGCCCUUAGCUGUCUUACACGGAUAAAGACUGAUCUGGAUGAAAUUACAUUCUAUAGCUAUCAGCAUCUAGAUCACAUGCAUGAAAAUAAAUAUUACAAAAAUGAUUGUAUUUGCAAAUGAAAAUGUAUUUAAAGAUAAAUUAUUUAAAACCUAGAAAGAAGCUAUUUCAUUUAAAAGUAGAACCUCAUACAAUAUAAACAAACUUCAAAAAAUAUUUUAGCCAUCAUAAACAUUUCAUGGAAAUUCUGAUGUCUCAUUUAUAUUCAUUUUCAGUUGUUUAUGAAUUGUUUCUUCAUUACCAUGCAGAAGAGAAUGCUUUUACAGACCUGAUUAAAACAUGGUUAAUACUUAUAUUUGAAAAAGAGUAACAAAAAGAGUAAUACUUGUGUAUUUGCUUAAUCUUGGAGAGUCAGUAUUUUAUACAGUACCCAAUAUACAUGAAACAUUGGCCCCCUAAUCAUUCUUUGCAUAGCUUUGAUUUUUUAAAAUCAUUUUGAGGUAAAGUUUUUGUUUCUUACAUACAUCAGUGUGUAUCAGAUAAAGUGCAACAUUCACAAUCUGUUGUUUCAGAAUAUAAAUUAGAAUACUUAAGUACUGGUUUUUAUAAACAAAAAAUUUGAUGGAAGAUAGUUUUUUAAAUUUACCCCUGGGUACUCUUGAUAAAGUUGUGUUAUAGGAGGACUAAUGGGUUUAUACCUAUGUAAACGCAUAUAUUCUUUUAAAGUUUUAUGUAUAUAUACAGAAAGAGGAAAAAAAUCCAUAACUGUAUAAACAAUUAUCCAGAAGUCAUUCCAUAAAGCUCAAACCAGUGUAUAAGUUCAGUCCCAAGCUUGCUCAUCAGGCCUACAGUAUUCAUAGCCUGCUGAAUCAAAGGGUUGUUGUAGCAAAGCCAAUUGGAAAUAUGUUAAGAAUCAAGGUCUUUAAAGAUAAAACGAUAGUGGUCCUCUUUCAUUCAUUAGAAAAUUUACAACAGUCGUUUGAAAAAUUCCACUAAAUAUUUUUAAAGAGGAUAUUUCAAACAUGUCUCAAAGUUGUACUUGAAAUGAAACACUGCAUUCACUGGGAUUUUACCAAGGUGAGCACACAUAGUAAAUAAUAUUUCUUUGAAAGCAAAGAUAUUUCAAGUCUAAGACUUCUCCAAUCAAGUUGUUUACUUCCUCAAUAUGAUUUAAUUCAGUUAUACUUUCACUUCAAGAUAUCUUCAAAGGUUUACAAUUGAAUGCUUUAGUGUUUUUUUUUGUUUGUUUUUGUUUUUGUUUUUUACCCAUUUAAGAGUUGGAAGAUUAUCUUUGAAUAUACUGAGUAUUACCUCUGCAGUUGUUUUCUUUCAGUGUAAUCAUUACUUGGAUUUUUCCCUUGCAUAAAUACAUAGUAUGUCAAAAGAUCAUGAGUAAAGUUAGUACAUGGAAGAAAUCUGAACAAAAUUCAUGUUUUCUUGUAAACAGUGUCUUAAAUUGUUUUUGAUAUAACCUGAGUCUGUUUUCUCAAUUUG